AUGGGUGAAGUCUCUGAGAACGAACAAGAUGUCUCUGACAACGACAUUACACUACCUAAAAAACGUGAGACAGUUUGUAGUGUUCAUACAAGAGACUCCACCUCGUGCCUCAGCAAGACGAAUCUGAGGAGGAUCGUAAGGGAGCUGAAGGCCUCCAUCAAGUCCUGGGUGCGCCCGGUGGUCCUCCAUCAGAUGAGGGUGAAGGGGAAGAAGGAUGCCACCAUGCACUCCAUGAAGGAGCUCCAGGAGUGCCGCCGAUUGGCACUAGUGGCCAUCCCCAAACUCCUAUCUCAACUGGAAAAGCGCCACACCUACUUGGACCAGUGUAGCCUCUUCGGGUACGUCACUGCCUACCUGGCCUCACUGUACGGUCACCGGCUUGGAGUGUUCCUAAACAUGACUGAUGAGCAGGUCAGCCAGGCGGUGUACGAACCCGAGGGCAAUGACUACCUCAUCAAAGUGGAAGACCAUAAAACAAAUGAGAGCUUCGGCACAGCCAAGCUGCUGCUCAGCGACAAGGAAUACGGCUGGUUCCUGGCAAUCAUCCGCCUAAAAAGGAAGUGGGCGAAAGGUGUUAAACUGUCAAAGUAUGUCUUUCACAACACAACCUUCUCGGCGGACAAGAACCUGACUAAAUAUGUGAAGCGCGCCUGGUCGGACAUGAAGUUGAGGGGCGAAGCGACCUUCACCACUCUGAGGACCGCGGUGGCGACCUUUGCCAGAGACAGACACGGGGAACACUCCCAGGAACGUAAAACUUUGGCGCGCCUUAUGUGCCACGACACGGCUACGUCCGACAAGUUUUAUACCAUGGACCUGACCAUGGAGCAGGCCAGGAGGGGUCGCCUGUUAUUUGAACAGGCACAGAAGGAGGGAGAGGAGAGUGUGACCGGGACAAAGAAGGAGGAAGAAGUUGAGGAGGGAGAGGAGAGUGUGACCGGGACAAAGAAGGAGGAAGAAGUUGAGGAGGGAGAGGAGAGUGUGACCGGGACAAAGAAGGAGGAAGAAGUUGAGGAGGGAGAGGAGGAUCAAGAUGAGGAGAUGCAGGAGGAGGAGGAAGGUGACAGUGACAAGGAGGAGGAGGAGACAGCGGAGGUAGCAACCUCCAGCAAGAACAAUUGCACCCCAAGUGUGACCAGGAGCCGGUCUCAGAAAGGCUGCAGGGUGAUGUUGUUCCCGCUUAAGAUGAGCCCUCAUAAAGCCCUUAGGAUGAGCCCUCAGAAAGCCCUUAGGAUGAGCCCUCAGAAAGCCCUUAGGAUGAGCCCCGAGAAACUCACCCAUAUAAUCCGAGUCCGGCGAAAUCGGAUGGUUGAACGGAGGAGAAAGUAG